AACCAAUCUUUAAAGCCCCAAAAAUGUUGCAAUGGUGAAGUAUAGGAAGAAUUUUUCGGGAAUCAAAGGUCGGGGAAAGGUUCAUACACGCAGUUUCAUGGUAAUGAAAUUUUGCAAGAUUUCCAUGUAACAAACUAUGUCCUCAAUUUUGACCCUUUUUCUGGGUCCAGCUCCAACGCUCGUUGUUGAAAAGUUCAACGAAUUCAAGUCUAUCUAUUCUUCCAUCACUGCUGCUAUCUGUGCAUUGUUAGAGAAAGAUCACUUGUUAAAGACAAAAUAUCGUUUUUGUCGAUCUGAUGUUAAAUUAGAAGAUUGGGAAUUGGAAGGAACACCCGCAGACACCGAAAUUGCUUUGAAAGAGAUCGGUCAACGCCUUGAUACAUAUGUCCAGUGCAGUAGACUAGAUUCCAGAGCUGCUGCCAUCGAAGAACUCCUAAUGUCACCUGAUGUGAAUGAUCAAGGUAGUGACGACGAAACAGCGUCUAUCGAUGACCAAGAACCUGAUGCUAUGGAACAAACUACAGAAGACGAAAAGAUAGAUGCUGCUGAUUUGGAUUUGGGAGAGGAGAUAUCACCAGAAGAUGAAACUCCUGAAAGAAUGACAACUCGUAGAAAGUCAGACAAAAAGAAAAGAAAAAAUCGGAAACCAAAAAAACAUAAAAAAAAACUUGACGAUUUAACGGAAGACGAAAUAAAAGAAAAAAGAUCCUCUCAUUCUCGUGAUGUCUGGAGACGAGUUGGUUCAAAAUUUAUCGGAUGGUAUGUUUGUAUUUUGUGUGACAAGAAACAAACCUCAGAGGAAGAGUAUAUUAAACAUUUGGAAUGGCAUGCAGAAACUCAUUCACCUGCAUGCAUGGAUUGUGGGAAUUAUUUUGAAAGUAUGAUGCAAUACGAAGAACAUAUUGGUAAUUUAACAAAAGAUCUUAUUUAUAAAUGUGAUGAAGAAGGUUGUACUAAAGCAUUUCAGUUCAAAUGCAGACUUGAAUGUCAUAAGCGUACUCAUAUUGGUGAGCUUAUGUACAAAUGUAAUGAUUGUGGACACAAAUUAUCAUCAAUCAGGUCUAUUAUUCGUCAUACAAGAGCGAAACAUUUGAAUGAGAAGCCUUUUCAAUGCCAUAUGUGCGUUAAAGCUUUCCCAAUACAAUCCCAACUGACUCGUCAUAUUAAAGAUCACAUUUCUCCUCCGCAUUAUACUUGUGAACAUUGUGGGCGUGCCUUUUCAUCUCGUCAGGGACAUCAUUAUCAUCAAUUAGAUCACCUUGGGGUAAAACCCCACAAAUGUUCAAUUUGUGCGAAAGCAUUCAGAAAUAAAACAGACAUGAUCAAUCAUGAACGAAUUCAUAGCGGAGAUCGACCCUUUACAUGCGAAUUGUGUGGAAAAAGUUUUGUUGAAAAGGGAGCACUUCGGAAACAUGGAGUUGUACACACAAGGGAGAAAAAUUUUGUAUGCUCCAAUUGUGGAAAACAGUUUGGAUAUAAAUGUUCUCUUGAUGGCCAUUUGAAAAAAUGUCAACAUGAUAUUCAUAAUCAGACUAAUUUACUAGCGAUUACACAAGCUCCACCUCCUCGUCAACAGCGCCAACAUUCUCAAUCUCAACCUGAGCAUCUUGCUGACAUUACUGGUGAAACACCAUCAAGUGGUCAGAAUAGUCUACCAAUACCAACAACGAGUCAAGAUACUUCUAGAAAUCGUAAUCCUUUCAGUGCUUGUUCAAUCCAGGGAUUUAUAGCAGAACAACAUAAUAAUAAUUCAAUGAAUAAGAAUAGAAAUGCAAUUCCGCAAAAUAGUGAAGAUUUGCUUGCAACCGCAACAGCUGUACUGAAAGGGCAGCAAGAAGCUGCUCGUUUGAUGAAAAAGAAUCCACCGUAUCGACCUAUGUCAAAUCUUGGACAUAAUUCCGGAAAGCAAUCAUUUGAUAAGCACAUGCACGAUGCUCAAAUGUAUUCUUCUUACCCAAUGCAGCUUCAACAUCAAAGAGACACGAUAGAUCCCGAUAUUUUAGCUUCUGUUUUAGGUCAAAAAUUACCAUUACAGGCCCAAAUGGAAGCGAUGCAAUACAGUGAUAGAUUGCAAAGGGAUAAUACCCACUCGGGACGUUUUCAUAACCUCCAGCAACAAGAUCGGGAUGCACAAAAUCUCAUGGACAAUAGGCAAGGUGGUAGUGCUGGAGCUGGGAAUUAUAAUAAUCACAAUAGACAUCAUCAACAUCCUCCAUCAUCUAUUGCUGAUUCAAUGAUGUUUCAGCAUCAGGUUAGGGGCCAUCAUUACAGGCCCUGAUUUUGGGUCUAAUGUAGUUUUGUACCUCAAGUGCUUCUAGUGGGCGUAGCAUAACAAUUUUUGCAUAUGUCAUUCCUAACCCCCACCUGACUGGGUUAUCCAAAAAUUAAUUUCACGACCACGUCACAGUGACGUAAUAAGGCUCUUUAAACUAUACGAACUGUCAUCCAAGACACGCAGACGAUCACCCGAGCAAGCUAUUUCUAUCGUUUUUUUUUUUCGUAACGAUCCCGAUAUGAGAGAUAUAGCUGCCAUUGGUGAGUUCUUUAUCGUUGGCGCAGAUUCCAUUUCGGGCAAUUGACAUAAUUUUUGGAUGGCGUAGUCAGGUGGGGGUUAGGAUUGACAUGUGCAAAAAUCCCUAUUCUACGCUCACUAGAAGUACUUGAGGUACAAAACUACACAAGACCCCUGAUUUUUAAAUUGAUUAUGUAUAAGUAAGUCGCUAUUUUUCGAUGUAGAACAAUUAUUCGAUUGCCGAAUCUUGCUAUUAUUUUUUCAGUAAGGUGCUUGUUUUUUCCUACUGAUAUUACCUGAUGUUUUUGCUAGUAAUAAUGUGUCUUUCCUGUAAUAACACUUUCCACUUUUUUAUGCAACUUACCGCAUAUUUAAUAAGUGCUUAAUCGAUUUUUUUUUGACUCACAAAAUAUUUUUAUUGAAAGGGAGUUUCAAAAUUCAUUCAGUUUAUCUUUUUAGUCAAUUAGAAAGCCUUACUUGUUAAAUCAAUUUUUAGCUACUUGAGUACUUGUUGAAGUUGGUCUUCCAUGUAUAAAUUAUUGGUUAUUGACUUUCUGAAGUUUAUAUGAGGAAUCAGCUUAUUCAAUUUGAUUGACAUAUAUGAUGUAAACUUUAUAAUAGAGUUUAUAAUAUGAAUUUUGCUAAAACCUAUGUCCAAGGUGAAGGCAAUGGCAAUUAGGUACAAUUUUGGAUGAUCUGAAUUGAUCUUAUUUUCUGUAAAAUCCCGAUUUGAUUACAAAAAAUCGCAAAUUUUACAAAACAAAAAAGAUUUAUGGUAAUUGAAUUAAUAGUGAACAGUGAACACAAUUUUUUAAUACCGGUAUUUUCAUUUAAAUUUUAUUCUUUUGGCGCCCCAUUCUUGUGUUCGCUUUAUAUCUAUCGGAAAUUACAAUGAGAAACUGCCUUCUUGACAUGAAUUUUUCACCGAAGAGUAUAGAUGCCCAAGAUGCUUUUGCAUGAACAUGCAUAAUUUCACAACUUCUUUAUUUAUCUUUGUAUUUGUGCGUUCUCAGUUACUAACUAGGUGCUAUUCACAAUACAACUAGUUUUCAUUGUGUGUGAUCUGUCGAUGGCUCUGGUCAACAUGUAUAUCAAUCUCAGUACUGUUGUAAUCAUGUUCAAACCAUCGAUAUCAUGCUAUUUAUUAUGCAUUGGCAUCAUGAAAAUAGCAUUUCCGUUUUUAAGUUCAUACUUGUCAUAAUGUUAAUAAUAAGAAAUUUAAAUAUUAAUGACUAGUGUUGAAUUUGAAUUUUUAGACUGCUGUUGAGACUUUUUCUUGGCCUAAAUAUAUUUUCUCAGUGUUUUGAAUUUUAAUUAUUUAGGUUUUUUAUGUUUUGUUUUGGGGCAGAUUUUGCUAGCUAAAUAUCAAGAUUGUAUCUAGUAUUUGAUUCCACAUUUUAUUUUUAUUUGUCCCUAAUUGGUAUAAUCUCGAGAUUUUUAUAUUUUAGAAUAGUUUUCUGCUGCUUUUUUAUUUUUAAAUAUUUAUACCUGGUUCGAUAAGUAGCAAAUUCAUGGAAUAAGUUGAGUUUAAUAUCUUACUGUAAUGCAUGGCAAAUUUUACCUUUAUAAGGUUUGGUGCAGAUCAUAUUAAGAUUAUAAAGCUUCAUCACCAAACCAAAGUGAGACAUUUUUGAUUCAUUAACGUUGUGUUCUUCCGGAAAUAGGUUGCAUUCAAAAUCAUCAUUCUGAUUUAUGAGGCUUUUUGAAAUCACGGCUGUAAUAUCCAUCCAAUUAAAAUAUUCAUGAAAUAGCAUUCAGAUGAAAUUGGCAUACUUGCAAGGGCAUCCAAAUGAAUUUACUUUUAGAAAUUGGUGACACUAAAAAUUGAUAUAUUCUUUGUGUAUAACGUACUCAUGAAGCCACAAACUAUUUUUUAUUAUUUAGUUAGAUAUUCCUAUCCAGCUGUUCCUGCCUAUGAAUAAAAACAAUGUAAUUUAUUUAUUUUAAUAAUGAUAUAGAGAAUCAAGUGAUUUCGUUAAUUUUUUUUUUAUGUUCCUCAUUUCUCCUGUAUGUCUUUUAUUGCCAAAAAUAUAACAAUUAAAACUUGAAAAUGACCAUCCAACCCCUUUCUGGAAUUUUCACAAAGCAAGCUUGGACUAAGUGUUUAUCCUAUUACAAAAUAAGCAAGCGUAACUAAGGUGCUGCAGAAAAAUGGAUUUAUCACCCUAACCAUAGAUUACCUGAUAUCUGGUAUUUUGCAUAUUUAUAAGAAAAAUUUGGGUAUUUCUUGUUUAAUAUACCCUGCACUUAUAGUGAAAGAAAAUUUACUUCAUUUCAAACUAUCAAAAUAUGACAAUUUUUUUAAAAUAAAAACCUGAAGGUGGCUGUGUUUUUAUAUUUUAUUCAUAGACAAGCAAACUAUAUGAAUAUUUCAGGUUGAAAUGUCUGAAAUGAUUUUUAGUGAAUGCUUUUUUUUAUAUAGUAUUCAGCUACAUGAGCCAAAUGUGAUAAAGUGUUGAACUCGUGAGAUUAUAUUAUCUUCAAUCUCCAUUGAAUUUAGAAUUGUAAUAUGGCAAAUUAUAUUUAAAAAUCUGUGCCAAUUUGUGUUUUAUGGUAUCUGUCUCUCACAGGCUCACGUUCGUGCACAUUGGAUUUUCUUGUCAGUUGUCACUUUCACAUGUCACUGCAUUUAUUUCUGUAAAUAUUUCAGAGUAACUUAACAAUUUUGGUCAUUUUAAUAAUGUUGUACCUGCUAUUCAGAUUUGUUUUUUAUCGUUUUUUUUUAGUUUUUGAGUUUGAAACUUUUUAUUUCAAGUGAUAGCUCUCGAAUGUCUAUCUUAGAUUUUUAAUAUUGUAUGAACAAGGAUUACUGUAGAGUGUGUUGUCUAUUUUCAUGCCUAGAAUUGUAUGAUUUUUUUCAUUUUACUUCUUUCUGACUGACACAACAAUUUCAAUAUGUAUUUUUUUCAGA